GUUUACGAAUAAGAAAGUUGUAUUAGUACUGUUAACAUGGAGACUGGAAGCUUAACCAAAUCAAGUGCAGUAUGUGAAUUUAAGGAGGAAAAUUUAGGCCUAGCAGAUGCUAUGGCAAAAAUAUUGAAACCUUGCUUAAAGAGAAAAUCACCAAUUUUGGCGAGAUCGAGAGGCACAGAGAGAAAAAUUGAUAAUUCUUUAAAAGAGGAAAAUGUCUGUGCCGUUAAAAAAAUAAAAAAAGAUGAUCCUGGUUACGUACUUCCUUCUGUUGUUACAAAAGAUUUUGAUCGCGGACUGCAGAAAACUGCAACGCAAGGAGUAAUUGCUUUGUUUAACGCUGUAAGAACACAACAAAAAAGUUUGCAAGUUGCUCUUUCAAAAGCUUCGGGCUUUGAAGAAAAAAAAGUAACCAAGAAAAUAAUGGACAAGAAUCAAUUUUUAAAAAGUUUGAAAACCUUUAGACUAGCCAAACCAAACUCUGAAAGUACAACCAAUCAAAAAACUCUUCUAACUGAAGACAGCUGUCCUGGACAUAAGGCGGAUUGGCUAAAAGCGGAUUUUUUGUUAAAAUCGAAGCUUAAUUGGGAUCAGAAGGAAGAAUCAGAACCCGAAUUGCUUCAAGAUUCUUCUGAUUCCGAUAGCAGAUCAUAACUUUUACGUUAAAUAUAAUAACAAUAAUAGUAAUGAUAACAAUUUUUUAAUAUUUUCAACGUAACGAAUCAUAAGUUAUUGUGCUCGUGGUGGGCCCGUCGGACGUUUUGAUGGAAGCGCUUGACAAAAAAAUAAAGAAAAUCAUUUUAUAAAUAUGUCAAG